AUGCUUCUUGAUGGCGGAGCCAAUGUCAAUGAAAGUAAUCAUGACACAAAAUCUAACUUAUUUGAAUGUUUCAAUCCUAAAUUUAUGAAACUGGUUCUUGAAUAUCAUCCAAUACUUUUCUUUGAUGCACCAAAAUUUUAUAUUUUAAACAGAAGACUUGAUGUUGCUAAAGAAUUGAUUAGAUAUUAUCCGAAAGAAGACCAUUAUUUAAUAUAUAAUGCUGCAAUAUCCCUUUGUUCUUAUGAUAUGGUUAAAUAUCUGAUUGAUCAUAAUUUUGAUUUUGACUCUCGAAGUAUUGAUGGGAUGACACCAAUUUUUGAUGCAAUACGAUUUAACCAAAUUGAUAUUCCCAAACUACUUAUUAAUAGUGGUGCCAAUCUUGAAAAUACAGAUAUUAAUGGAGAAACAGCUAUAUUGUAUGCAACAUCAUUUCUUUCAAGAGGAAAAUUUGGAAAUAAUCAUUUGAAUAUGCCAAACAUCAACAAUAUGAACGAUCUUAUUAAGUUUCUAAUUGAUUGUGAUGCAAAUAUUAAUACCGAAAAUAAAUCUCAUAAUAACUUACUCCAAAACUCAAUUGUUAAUGGGAAUAUUUUACUAUAUAACAAAUUAAAAUAUCUAGGUAUCAAAACUCAGCUCAUCAACAACGAAUCUCUAGACUCGUUACGCAAAAAGAUAAAAGUUACUGGAGAAACAUUAUUUACGUAUAUUGUUAAGAAUGACAAUAUAAUAUUCCUUGAAUUAUACAAUUCUAUCAUUGUUGAAGAGAAAAAGAUUCCUGACAUAAAUGUCCAAAAUGUAUCAGGAGAAACACCUAUCAUGUGUGUUAUUAAAUAUAACAAAAAUCCUGCAUAUUUAACAUUGUUGAUCAGAGGAGGCGCAGAUGCAGAUCAGGAAUAUCAAGGAAAGACACCUUUACAAAUUUGCAUCGAGAACGAAUACACAGACAAAAUAAGAGCAUUUCUUCAAAACGAAUGUUGUGAUCUCAACAAGAAGUUUGAUAAUAGAAUGAGUUAUUUCCAUCUCGCAAUCAAGAUGAAUAAGAAACUUUCUAUGCGAGCACUUGCAUCAUAUGUAUUUCCAGAUUUUGUUGACAAAGACGGAAAUUCAUAUCUUCACUAUGCUGCAUUGUCUAAUGAUCGUGAAAUUACAUACAUUUGUCUUCAUGUUCAAGAGAAAUACAUUGUUUACAACAAUGAAAACAUGAGUCCAUUGAUGCUUGCAUCAUCAAUCAACUCAUUCCGAUACAUUGAUCAAUUCAUUGAUUUUUGCGAUAAACACUGGAUUCCUAUCAAAGACAAAUAUCGAUCAUUAUUUCUUGCAGUAAUGAAUAGAAGUUUUGAUUCUUAUUAUUCAAUCUUGAAAAUAAUUUUAUGUUCUGUUGACCCAAAUUCAGAAAAUACGAAAUAG